AUGCUUGCUUCGGGAGCGCCAGGGAUCGUCGCCUUCGAGAAGGAGUACUUCUUUUCAAACGACACGAUCUUUGACAUACCAGGCAAGACUAGCUUUGGCGAACCUUCACAGGUGCGCUCCCUGGGUUACACCUUUUGGAGCCAAGACGAGCUCCACGAUUUCAUUGUCAAUGAUCUGAAACCGAUUUUCCAUCGGGACACCUACGACGUCAUCUGCAACAACUGUCCUUCAGCAGCAGCAACGGUGAUGGGAUCUCAUGAGUAA